AUGACAAAUACUACGAUAAAUUUAAUUGAGAUUCCAAAACAAAUUUUAAGUAUAAAUUUACCUACUAAACAAAAGUAUACGGCAUUAAAGCCUUUAUUCACGGCAGCAUUUAAAGCAGGGUGUCAGCACUUUAAUAUAAAAUAUCAUAACUCAGGAAAUGAUCAAAAUAUAAUAGAAUUUGUUAAAUUAAUUAAUGAAUGGAGUAAUAAAGAAUUUUUUAUUGAAAAUCAGGUGGAGUUUAAAAAUCUUAAAUUGACUUAA